CUACAUAUAUACAGUACAUAUACUGUAUUUGUGUGUAUGUUGAUAAUGAUGGUGUUGGGAUUACAUCUACAACUUUUAUUCAUGUAAGUUGCCACAUGUGGCCCUUAAAUAGUCACUGAGGUCACAAAGUGGCCCAAAUUUAGAAAUGAAAAGAUCAGAUUCCACAUGUGCUGUUCAGACUUGAAUGAAAGAUAUAUGAGCAAAAAUGUUCCUUCAAUGUGAAUGAAGCCUUUGUGAUGAUUUCUUCCUGACAAAAAAUAAAAUAAACCAUGCAAUGAAGGGUAUGCAAUAUCUUUAACCUUAUAAUUUCUCUUUCAUCUUACUUUGGUUUGUUUGGUUUGUCUUUUUUAUGUUUGACACUUUUUUUGUUUUGUCAAUACUUCGUCUGUAAGUGAGUGAUUCUGGUUGAUGUUUUCUUUUGUUUCUGUAUGUCAACAACUUCAAAUGAAGAUACAAUUAAAUAAAAUGUAAUUAAAUAAAAUAUAAUAUUAUUAAACAAAAUAAAUGUAUGCUUUUAUUUUUAAAGGAAAUCCGGCUCUUACGCUACAAACGCGGAAGUGGUUGCACAUCCUGGACGUGCAGCACGUUAACUCAUCCGGGUCCGCUUAUCCAGGCUCAGCUCGCGGCUCUCCGUCCUGUUCUCUGCUAAUAAUCACUUUCACUGGUUGUUUCCUUUUUCUUUGAGCAAAAUGCCUUUAAAGUUUGAGCUGUGUCCCGGUAGGAUGAUCGGAGGAAGCCAUCCGUGCUUCAUCAUAGCUGAAAUUGGACAAAACCACCAGGGAGACAUUGAGAUUGCCAAGAAAAUGAUCAAAAUGGCAAAGGACUGUGGUGCUGACUGUGCCAAAUUCCAGAAGAGUGAAUUAGAGUACAAAUUUAACAAGCGAGCCCUGGAGCGACCGUACACUUCUAAACACUCCUGGGGAAAAACUUAUGGGGAACACAAGCGCCAUCUGGAGUUCAGCCACAAGCAGUACAAGGAACUGCAGAAAUACGCAGAGGAGGUGGGAAUUUUCUUCACUGCCUCGGGGAUGGAUGAGAUGGCAGUGGACUUCCUCCAUGAGCUCAAUGUGCCUUUCUUCAAAGUGGGCUCUGGAGACACCAACAACUUCCCCUACCUGGAGAAGACCGCCAAGAAAGGACGUCCCAUGGUGGUGUCCAGUGGGAUGCAGUCCAUGGAGACGAUGCGCCGUGUCUACAAAACAGUGAAGGAGCACAACCAGAACUUUACUAUCCUGCAGUGCACCAGUGCCUAUCCUCUGGAAGCUGAAGAUGUCAACCUCCGAGUGAUAACGGAAUACCAGAAGGAAUUUCCAGAUAUUCCCAUUGGGUAUUCCGGCCACGAGUCUGGGAUCAGUAUUUCAGUUGCGGCUGUAGCUCUGGGGGCAAAGGUCAUCGAGCGUCAUAUAACCUUGGACAAGACAUGGAAAGGAAGUGACCAUGCCGCCUCGCUGGAGCCCUCCGAGCUGACUGAGCUGGUUCGUUCCAUCCGACUGGUGGAGAGGGCGAUGGGGAGCGGCCUCAAGAACAUGUUACCUUGUGAGAAGCCAUGCCAUGAUAAGCUGGGUAAGUCAGUGGUGGCCAAAGUCAAGAUCCCCAGAGGAACUGUCCUGACUCUGGACAUGUUGACAGUGAAGGUGGCCGAGCCCAUGGGCGUCGUGGCCGAGGACAUCUUCCAGCUGGUCGGUAAGAGCGUGACGGAGGACGUGGAGCAGGACGAGAGCGUCGUGCCAGAUGUAGUGGACAGCUACGGCAAGAAAGCCAAGUGCUGAGGGUGGCAGAGAGCUUAGAAAUGGGUAAUAAAAAGGCACUUAAUUUGAGGGGAAAUUUAAUCAAUUCCUCUGGGGUUUUUUUCGGAAGGAGCUCAGUAUGACACAGGCACGUGUGUCAUGGUAAUUUUGUGUGGUGCUGCUCAGAUUUCUGAAGUUAUGGACGAUCAGUAACUUGUGUAAUUGGACAGUGCAUUGGUGUUAUAGUUUCAAAGGUCAAAGGGAUAACUGUGCUCAAAUAACUCAUUCGACCCCUUUUUUUUUCUGCCAAAGACUUUUGAAUUUUCUAAAAGUCGCCUUAAUGUAGUUCACUAAACUUUCGGCUAUCAGGCUCUUUGAUUAAACCCAACAAUAUCUCACCAGAGGCUCAGUAGUAGUUUCAGCCCUAUGGUCAGUACUAGUGCAGUGCUUUCUGAGGUGGCACAAAAGCCAGUUGUUACUGAUAACUAAACAUACUUUGCACUAUAGUUUUAGCCUGCACUGUAGAGAUUGAAUGAAUACUGAGCACAUGAAGCUGCUACUUGUCCUCUCAUCACACAACCUUGAGAUCACAGAGCCUAUUUGCCAAACAGUCAGUGUGCUCUUCUUGUACCAUUGAGCUGUCAAGAUUGUCAACUGGUGCCAGGAUAUUUAGUUUGUGGUACAAGGCAGGGUUUGUGUUUGUAGUCAGUAAGUAAAGCUACUGGAGCCGGAUGCAUAAAACUGUGCACACAUUGUCCCACUCUCACAGUCAACUUGUUUUUGUCAUAAACCAUACUCUUUCUGUCUUUGUUCUGGCACCAACAGCGUCUUCUAAUUGUGCUUUCAGGAUGAAGGAUGAUAACACACAUUUAUAAAUGUUAACAUGUGGAAAUCUCUUGCAACUGUUGUAAUCUAAGAUGUUAUGAAAAAAUGAAGCCUCCAAAUAAAAUAUUCCCCAAAUUC